AUGCACCAGAGCCGAAUUGAUCUAUUAAAGAUUACGCAGGUUCAAGAUGUGCAAGUUGAAAAGGGACCAGAGACGCUUGUUGGUACUUUACACUUGACGGUGCACAACCUUAUAUUCAACCAUGCCGAAGGGGAACUGUGGAUGCCCUAUUCUAUCAUCCAUACCGUCGAGCGACGACCUGUCUCGCUUCAAACGGGGCGUCAUCCAUUGUAUAUCCGCUGUAGAGAUUUCCUCGUGAUCACCUUGUCGAUCCUCAAGGAAAGCGAGACACAAGAUGUUUUUGACAGUAUCCAGAAACUCGCAUGCGUUACAUCCGUCGAUCAGCUUUAUGCGUACAGUUACCAGCCACAGCCCAAUUAUACUUCAAACAAUGGAUGGAGAUUGUAUGAUCCGCUUCAUGAAUAUGAACGAAUGGGCGUUGGUACCAAGAAUGAUAAUUGGCGAUUCACCACCAUCAACCGAGACUAUACUUAUUCCCCAACCUAUCCACGCACACUCGUCGUCCCAACCAAGAUCAGCGACAAUGUACUCAACUACGCAGCAAAAUACCGUAGUAAGGCAAGGAUACCAGUACUCUCUUAUCUUCAUUGGUAUAACAUGGCAACCAUUACACGGAGUAGCCAGCCUAUGGUGGGGUUCAAGCAAGCACGGUCCAUUCAAGAUGAAAAGCUUAUCGAGGCGAUCUUUGCAUCCAAUGUGCCUACAGGUCCUAAUGGUCAAACGAUUUAUGGAUCCACAGCUGCCAAUUUGAUCAUUGAUGCUCGACCUAUGGCCAAUGCCGUUGGAAAUGUGGCGCGUGGUGCAGGAACAGAGAACAUGGAGAAUUACAAGAAUUGCAAAAAGGUGUAUGUCGCCAUUGACAACAUUCAUGUCAUGCGAGAUAGCUUGGCGAAAAUGUGUGAUGCAAUGCAAGGAAUCGAUACAGGAGGCGAAGUCAACCGAGCAGGAUUACAACGAUCGAAUUGGCUGAAACACAUUGCCACGCUUUUGGAAGGGACUGAAACAAUUGUAAAGAACGUUCAUGUUUAUAAUUCUCAUGUGCUUGUUCACUGCUCCGAUGGAUGGGAUCGUACUGCACAGCUUGUAUCGAUCAGCGAACUUUGCCUUGAUCCAUUUUAUCGCACAUUUGAAGGCUUCCAGGUGUUGAUUGAAAAGGAGUGGGUAUCAUUCGGCCAUAAAUUUGCGGAUCGAUCAGGACACCUUUCCAACGACAAGUAUUUUGUCAACCUCGCUUAUACCGGCAAUGCAGCAACAAACACCAUCAAAGACAUGCAAAACAAGUUUUACAAAUCCAACUAUUAUCAACGAGAGACGAGUCCUGUAUUCCACCAAUUUUUGGAUUGUGUCUAUCAGCUCUUGUGCCAAUGGCCCACUCGAUUUGAAUUCAACGAGAAGAUGCUACUUGAAUUGCACUAUCAUGUGUAUUCAUGUCAAUUUGGCACCUUUUUAUUCAACUGCGAGGCCGAGCGUACGCAUCAUUAUCCACAAAGCAAGACAUUCAGCAUUUGGGAUUACUUCAACACACAUAGAGAUGAAUUCACGAAUGAGAUGUACGAUCCAAAGAAGGACCUUGAUCUAGUCGAUGAUGGCGGUGUAUUAUUCCCUGAUCCACGCAACAUCAAGUAUUGGGCAGGAUUAUUCAAUCGUAAUGAUACCGAAGUGAACGAGCCCAUUGUAUAUGGUGUUUCCCAUCCUUUAGCACAUCCCUUAGCAGAAGAAUCUUGA